AUGGCAAGCGCGAAAAGCCUGGACCGCUGGAAAGCCCGGCUGCUUGAGGGCGGAAGUACUGCGUUGACGUACGCCUUAGUAAGGGCGGAAGUGAGUUUUCCAGCGGAAGUGGCUCCUGUAAGGCAGCAAGGUAGCGUGGCCGGCGUCCGAGCAGGGGUUGUGUCCCUGCUGGGCUGCCGUUCCAGCUGGACGGUCGCCAUGGAACUCAGCGCCGAAUACCUCCGCGAGAAGCUGCAGCGGAACCUGGAGGCGGAGCAUGUGGAGGUGGAGGACACGACCCUCAACCGUUGCGCCUGUAGCUUCCGAGUCCUGGUGGUGUCGGCCAAGUUCGAGGGGAAACCGCUGCUUCAGAGACACAGGCUGGUGAACGCGUGCCUAGCAGAAGAGCUCCCGCACAUCCAUGCCUUUGAACAGAAAACCCUGACCCCAGACCAGUGGGCACGUGAGCGACAGAAAUGAGGGACUGGGAUCUGCACAGCCAUUAAAUUAUAAAUCUGGA